CCUUUUUUCCUGACUGGAGAAAACUAUUCUUUAAAAUAAAAAUAUAAGAACUUAUUUAAAAUAAGAAACAUCAGAGUCAAAUGUUAAGAUAAUCACAUUUAUUUACAAUACAGACAUUAUCUAGCUUCGAUACGCGAAUAGUUUCACUGUAUGUUUUCAAAAAACAAAACACUUCAGUUUUCCUCAAACAUUUAAAUUCUCGACUGAGGUCUUCAACGGUUUGUGCAAUAUUUAGAAAAGAAGACGAGAGAACACCAGCUUUAACAAUUAACAAUGAAGUUAGUACAUUGUUUUGGGAGUACGUUCGGCGUUGUGUUAGGAAUGCUCCAGUCAUAUGUGGUGUUGUCGCUGCCACACCAAGCUGCUAAACUACAACAGCUAACCGGACUACACCAGCUGACUGGACUAUCGUCACUACCAUUACAGAUCACAGAUCAAGAAAACGCUGAUCUCCGAUCUUUACGGCGGACGAAAAGAAGUACCGAAGGACAUAUAGGAUGUAUGCAUAUGGAAAGUAUGCCUGGAGAAUUACAGUACGUUUCGGACGGUAACCCAGCUGUGUGUGGCCUUUAUCUGAUUGGUCAACCGGACCAAAUUGUUGAAGUGACCUUUGAAAACCUAAAUGUGAACUGUCAAACCGGCGGAGCAGUAGCGUUCUUUGACGGAUGGGAGUUAUCGCAAGAACUAUUUCCAAGCGAAAUAGAUCAUCCUGUACCAUUUCCAGAGAGAUACCAAAUGUUCUGUUCAGAACAGGGCAUCCCCAAGAAAGUGUUCGUAUCCUCACAGAAUGUGGCCAUGCUUCACUACAAGGUUCCGGAAGUAGGCGAAGGAUUCAAGAUCACCGUCGACUUUAAACAUAACCCACAACCUUGCAACGCGGUCGGGAUGUUCGAGGAAGGCGUGCUCACAAUGAAGAACUACGGACAGAGACGUAACUGUACCGUGUCAAUAAUCUUCCCCGAACAAAUCAAUCUGGUUAACGUCGACGUCGGUGUGACGUCAGAUAACAGCGUCGUUGAGGCAGAAGUGGGGAUAACGGAUCAGCAGUGUAUGAAUUUCGCCGGAGGAGAUUACAUCCAGAUUCUCAACGGUAACGGACUCGACACGACCAUUAUGAGGACCAGGGGAAUCCUUUGUGGGAUGGACUCCAACGAGGAUAAGGCGAAGUUCGUUCUUGGCUGCCCACACAGUGUUGUCCGAAUGGUUUCCAGCGGGGAAUUCCACAAUACCGUCACCUUCAUGUACACACCACCUCACGAGACAGCUCUGACCACGUGCUAAACCACAAGGAAUGCGCGAUGUUCUACUAUCACGGCAUAUUUCCCUGUAGACCCCCAAACUCUCAAAGACUAUGCCUAACAAAUACAUCAUCAACCUAGACAUCAACCAAAGACUAUGUAAAAGAACAUAACAAAUUCAACAAAUCCAUACAUUCAAUAUAAAUAUAUUCCUAAUUAAAGCUAUCCGACCCACAAAUGAACUAGUUCUUUCUAUUAGUUCCAUUCAAUUUAGCCCUUAUGCAGGUCUUAAAGGCCUAAAAUUCCUUUGUUGGUGAUAAUGCUUUUGGUAAAUGUUUAAAAAAUUUCUUCACACAACCAUUUCAAACGAUACCAAAGUAAAACGUGGUCACUAAGCAACCAAAAUGCACCUAUUUGUGGGCCGGCUACCUUAACUUCCUUUCAUUUGGAUUGUUAGUGUUUUCAUAUGAGAUGUGAUUGGAAAACAUGAAGGAAACAUAAAUCUUAACGAAAUC